AUGACCGAUCCGUCCUACCGCGGUCAAAUACUUGUCUUCACUACUCCCCUCAUCGGAAACUACGGUGUUCCUUACAACAAGACUCCUAUCAAUAGUAAUGACGUCGGUGUCAUCCUUGAAUCGGAGAACAUCCAAUGCAGCGCCGUCGUGGUCGCCGACGUAGCAGAGAAGUUCUCGCACUACACAGCCGUCGAGUCUAUCGCUUCGUGGUGCCAACGUAACAAUGUCCCUGGCAUCACUGGCGUCGACACGCGUGCCAUCACCACCCUUCUUCGGGACCAGGGCACGACUCUCGGCCGUCUUGCUGUGGGCGCCGACGCGUCGCUGGCUCCUCCCAAGCCUGAGGAAUACUGGGAUCCAACAACAGAGAACCUCGUCGCCCAGGUCUCUACAAAGGCCCCCUAUGAGCUCAACCCCAAUGGAGAUGUGAGGAUCGCUGUGCUCGACUUCGGCGCGAAGGCGAAUAUCCUUCGCUCGCUUGUCCGUCGUGGCGCGGCAGUCACCGUCCUCCCUUGGAACUACAACUUCAACAACAUUCGGGACCAGUUCGACGGCCUUUUUCUGAGCAACGGCCCCGGGGAUCCGAACCACUGCUUGGAGGCCGCGAUGCACCUCCGCAAGACGCUCCAGGAGUGGGACAAGCCCGUCUUCGGUAUCUGUAUGGGUCAUCAGGUCAUCGGCAUGGCUGCUGGUCUUGAGGCGUACCGCAUGACAUUCGGAAACCGAGGCCACAAUCAACCCGUUCUAGCUCUCGCGUCGUCCGGAUCCAUCAAGGCUGGUCGGGUUUAUGUCACCAGCCAAAACCACCAAUACGCGCUGAAGCUCCAGGAUCCCUUCCCCGCCGGCUGGGAACCCUUCUUCAUCAACUGUAACGACUCUUCGGUUGAGGGCAUCAAGUCCUCCGCUGACUCUGGCAAGAAGGUGUGGGGCGUCCAGUUCCAUCCCGAGAGCGCGGGCGGACCUCUCGACACCAUCGAGAUGUUUACGGACUUCCUCGCGGAGUGCCGCGCGCACAAGCUGCAGCUGAGCUUGCCCACCUCGCAACCGAUGGAUGCGCGUAAGGUCGCUCCUCGCUUAGGUGUGGAGACGGCGAAGAUCGAGACGCCUCGCCGCGUGGCCGUUACUGCUUGA